AUGGACAACAAAACAAAUCUUUUCAAUGAUCUUGUACUUCUCGAGGAAUUUGUUAAUGACGCUGUGGUUCAUCUUGUUCCUGAAAAAGAGUUCAAAGAACUUUUUGGUUUUAUUCAAGAUCCUUUAACGUUACAUCGAAUAUACAUCAGAGCAAAAUACCAAGCAAAGCAAAACUUUUUAUUGUAUUUUUCAACACAUGGGGAUAGCCUUGUGGCACUCAAAAACACUCUCAUACAAUCAAAAAGAGAUAACAAAAUUCACAACACCAUUGUGGCAUUUUCCAAAACAAAUACAACACAACUCCCCACGGAGGAAGUCCACAAAAUUUGCUUGGAAGCAGUGGGAAACGUAAAAGAGAAAAUGGAAAUCGAAAAAUCUCCCGCUUCGCAAAACGAUCAAAUAUUCACGCUACUUUCAGACACGUUACAAGUGUCUGAAAAGGUCAAUUCACUCGUGACGGAGAAGUACUUCCCUGUCGACAAAUAUGACACUUUGGUGUAA